AUGACCCUUUGGGCCAGACUGAGUAUGCUGUCCUUUAGUGUUUCCGUUAUGGUUAUUCCACUACUGAUGAGAGGGGUUGUUCCCAUGGACGAUUACCCAUUCAGGAACAUCUCGCUGCCUUGGGAGGACCGAGUAAACGACCUGGUAGGUCGUCUUACUCUCGCAGAGGUCAUGUUCCAGUUGGCGAAGGGGGGUUUUGGGCGCUUCGGCGGACCUGCUCCUGCAAUUAAAAGACUCGGUAUCGGCCCUUAUUCCUGGAACACAGAGUGUCUGCGGGGAGACGCAGAAGCCGGGAAUGCCACGUCUUAUCCACAGGCCAUUGGCCUUGCUGCAGCCUUCAGUACCGACUUGAUAUUUCGAGUGAGUGAGGCCACGGCGGUGGAGGUCCAUGCCAAGUACAACGACUACGUGAAGAAAGGCCAAUACGGGGACCACAAGGGACUGAGCUGCUUCAGCCCGGUCAUCAACAUCCUCAGAGAUCCCAGAUGGGGACGAAACCAG